AUGAUAUUCGAAUAAACAUUAUCUUUAAAUGAUAAAAUAAGAAGAGCUCUUACUUAGAAACAUUUAACCACUUAAAUAUAAAAAAUUAAAUUAAGGAAGCCAAAACAAGAUAUUCACUAUUCUGUAUAAUCUUAAUUUCGUAGAUUAGAAAAUGAGAAAUGGAUAGAAAUAUUUUAUGAAAAUAAGAAAAUUCAUUCAAACUUAUCAAAGAUUAAAUCAGUUUUAAAUACCACUAGCGACAUAUCAGAUUUUCAAGCAAUAAAAAAAAUUAAUACUUAAAAUAAAACUAUAAGUACAUUACCAAAAUUAAAACCAAGAUGUAAUUCAUCAUAAAGAGCAUGA